AUGGUGUAUCGUGGCAGGCCUUCGAAGUCAUGCCGUCAAUGUCGAAAGCGUGAUAUCAAAUGCGACAAGAAAAAGGAUGGCUGCUCUCAGUGCUCACGCGCUGGGCUUUCAUGCCCUGGAUAUCAUAAUCCCAAAGAUCUGAUCAUCCUUGAUGAGUCCGAUGCUACUAUCAAGCGAGUGUCGGUGAACCAGACCAUUCGACAAUCAAGUUCUCCGAAUCCGCUGUCAAUCAGGCUGCUCCCAACAGUUAUGCAGCGCGCAAAGGGCCUUUAUAUCUCGCAAUACGUUGGCGCGAUGCCAGCAACAAGCAUUUUCUCUUUCAUGCAGAUCUUCUAUCCGCCGAUGGUUCAUGGCAUCCCGCUUCUAGAGACGGUCACCCGUGCUGUCUUCAUGGUAAACUUUUCUUUAUCGCACGGGUGCCAUGCCGCUCUGCACCACGCUCGGGCCAUGUACGGAUCAGCUCUGAGGAUGACUCGCAAGGCGCUCCAAAUCCCAGACGAGGUCAUGCUUGACAGAACUUUGUUCUCAGUCAUCUUAAUGUGUGUUUUUGAACGACUCGCAAGUUUUGAAAAUGAUGAAUCGGUUGUUCCUCGCAGCCAUUUGAGUGGAGCCUGUGAAUUGAUGUCCUUAAGGGGUACAGGGCAGUUCGCGGAUAAGUACAGUCCUACCAUGCUUCUGCACCUUACUGAGCUUGUGGUACUCGAUUGUCUUGCGAGAGGCUCUGCUAUUCCGCUGCAGUUUUUGUCUCUGCGGCGGAUGGCGCUCGAUAAUGCCGUGGAUACAUCAUCUCUGAAGUGGAAAUUCUGGGAUAUUAUGCUGCGCUAUGUACAGCUGGAGAACUCAGUCACGUCGGGCCAUCGAUCGGAAGAAGUUAUACUCAGUGCAGAACAGCUUGAUCUCGAACUCGAAGAUUUGGCAUGUUGGCUACCAGCCUUCGUUUCAAGGAGGCAAAGCCCGAUUCCCCUAAAUGUGUCCUUUGCUGGGACUGACAUCUACCCUGACUGCAAGUCUUUGACGAACUGGAACAAUUUUCGUGUGGUUCGUCUCUUAUUAGCUAGGAUAGUGCGAGAGCAGGGUACUCGACUACCUGUCUCGUCAGCCGAUCAUACUUCACUUGACAACAUUCUGUACGAGUCUAAUCGGAAGGCCGUCGACCUCACCUCAGAUAUACUUUAUUCCUGCUCAAGUGAAGUUCUUUCGUCUCAGCAACCUUGCGACCUGUCCUUAAAUACUCUACUUUGGCAUCUAUACGUGGCCAAAACCCAAGAACUGCCGUUGGGUCAUCUAGAGUCAUCUCUUCAUGACCAGAUGCUUCGACUGUCGACAAUCCAAGCCCCCGGGCAACGAGCCACUGUAAAGAAAAUAUUAACAUCCUCCGACGAGGAUUCACGGAAUGUCUGGAGAAUGUGGCUCAAAUUUGGGAGGAACGAAUUUCUAAUUUAAGAUGCGAAAAUCCCUGGAAAAAUAUCCCUUUU